GUGUUUAAAGGGGCGAGAGUUUGCAGCGCUUGUUUGCUUGCAACUUCAUUGCGCUCCUGCGUUUGUUCGUCAAAAGUCUUCGAAGUUUUCCACUGCGGAGGCUGCAGUUUCUGCUGCUUUUAAACGGGAGAGCCCCCUUUCCAGGGCUCCAGUUUGGCUUGCCUGUGAGUUGCCUGUCUGGACUGGAGCAGUUCAAGGCAGAAGAGUAUUUUGCAACUUGUUCAGUCAAAGGUGUCUCCAAACUCUGCUGGAUAAGAAAAGCCAAAUCCCGUAUUUUAACCUGCACCGCAUUUUAUUUUUUUAAAUUGAACCAUGGACAGAGAGAACAUCACACACAUGCUUUUAUUAGAGACAAUUUGUUCUGUCUGCCAGACGUGUUUCCGUGAUCCUGUGAUCCUAGACUGCGGGCACAAUUUCUGCCAUCCCUGCGUGGCGAAGUGCGAGGAAUUUUGUGGGAGAGUCCUCUGCCCUCUGUGCAAAAAUCCUCAGCUGAGUCGGAAACAGAACAUGAAAUUGGGCACAGUCACUGAAUUGUUCCAGCAGCUGACCGUGUGUGCAAGACAGGCGUCAAGAGAGGAUGAAAUCUGCCUGCAGCAUGAGCAGCCCUUGAUUUUUUUUUGUAAGCGCGUCAAGGCCCUCCUCUGCUCGAAAUGUGUUGAAUCCAUGGAGUCUCCAGCUGUUCUGGGUGUGGAAGAAGCUGUCCAAGAAUACAAGGAUUGUUACGUUCAGUAUGCCGACAUUAUAAAGAAGGAGAAAGAAGAGAUAAUGGCGCACAAGUUAAGCACAGACGUGGAAAGCCAAUCAAUGCUUGAAAAGGCAGAAAUCAUCAAGCAAAGGAUGACGUCCGCUUUCAAGGAAAUAAACGAGUUUCUGGCACAACAAGAGAAGAUUCUUCUUGCCCAACAUGCGGAGAUAAUGCUGGACAUUGCGAGGGGAAGGGACAAGCACGUGGUCAGACUGUUUCGGCGUGUCGCCUUUCUGGAUAGCAUCCUCGAGGAGAUGGAGAAGUGUCACCAGACGCCGAAUGAGCUCCUGAAGGGUGUUAGACGCACCUUGGAGAAAUUUGAGGAGGAGUUUGCGAGUCCAGUGGCUUUUCCACCAGCAAAGCGAUGGGGACUCUAUGGUUGGCAUGAUUUGACGUUCCUUCUGCACUCUGCUGUAGAAAAAUUCACAGGCACUCUGGUAUCUGGAUAUCCAAUGCAGGAAGUAAGCGUGACUUUGGAUCCAGACAUGGGUAGCCCGCAGUACUCGCUAUCUGAUGAUCUGAAAAGUCUGAGGAAAGAUGGCCCUCUAGAUCUGGCCAGUGAUGUCCUUGGCCGCCUUCCUUUUGUGUUGGGAUGUAAUGUAUUCACCACAGGCCGCCACUGCUGGGAAGUCACGGUGCACAGUGAGGACGACUGGGCUGUGGGCGUGACCAGGAUUUCUUUGAAGAGGAAGAAGAGAAGCACAGCUCUCUUUAGCCCCUCAGAAGGGAUAUGGGCGAUAGGCAAGUGGAAAGGCGGCUAUGCAAUGUUCACCUCUCCCAAAACUCCUGUGCCCACGAGCGGAGAGGUGCUGAAGAGGAUCCGAGUGUCCUUGAACUGUGAUGGGAAGCAGGUGUCUUUUGCCAACGCUGACAGUGGCGCCGUGCUUGCCAAGUUCCAGACAGCUUCAUUCUUGGGGGAGCCCCUUCUCCCCAUCUUCUGGUUGGAAGGAAAAACCUGCCUCUCUGUCUCCUGA